AUUAUUGCCUACUGAUUGUGAGAUAUAAAAUGUAAUAAAUUUUAAACUUCAGUAAUUUCGUCAUAGAACCAGGUAUACAUGGUAUUAAUAGCUUUUGCCGCUUCAAUAAUGUUGAGAAGAUUCAAUUUGCGAAGUAACUCCAAGCUAAUAGUAUGGCAAGUAACUCGUUUGAGCUCUACAGAUUCCUCCAGCAUCAAAGAAUGUAAUGAACCAACAUAUGAAGAUGGAAUUAGAAAUAAAAUAUUAGCAUCAUCUCUUCCUUUUGUACCUGAGCUAGAAUGGUCCAAAGAAGCUAUAAGCAAUGGUGCCGAAUGUAUUGGUUACCCCGCAAUCAGCCACGGAAUGUUUACCAGAGGUGGAGCAGAUCUAGUACACUAUUUUCAAACUAGUUCAAAUUCAAAAUUAGUAGACAUCUUGAAAAAGAUUCAGGAGGAAUGUAAAGAAAAUCCUAUACUACCAGGAGAGUUUGCAGAGAAAGCCAUUCAGGCCCGCUUGAAAAUGAUACAACCCUAUAUUAGCAAAUGGCCACAAGCUAUAGCAAUUAUGUCAAUAUUGUUGCUUAAUAUAAUUACAAUGGAAGUCCGAACUAGUGAAAUUCAUCACGAAACAUUGUCAAUCACCUUCAAACAAAGGAUAGGAAUUGCUGGAGUUUACAAAGCUACAGAACUGUACAUGAUUCGGGAUAAGUCAGAUGAAUUCCUAAGCAAAUGGACUUUUUUGAACCGCCAUCUAGCAGAAGCAGUGCAGUUACAUGAUUUAUUGUGCAAAAACGAGGUCACUAUUCAAUCUGCCAAGGAAACAGUACAGUCUGUGUUUAUUACAGCUCGCAAUAUACUUGGGCUUAACUGGAAUAGGUAGUACUAUAUUUUCACUUCACCAACGAAACUAUGAGGUAUUAAUAGAAAGCUCGUAUUCAGCUGUGUUAUUAUUAAAUAUAAUAUACAAUAUACCUAAUAAAAAA